AUGGAGUACUAUUCGGAUAUCGGUAUACACCACGAUCAUCUGUUGACUGAUCACUAUGGGGCAGAAUAUUCCCAGCAAUAUUUAAUACCAACACAAGAAGCUGAGUAUGAAGUGCGAAGUAGUGUCCUGGUGGAUGGUGGCGAUAGGUAUGGUGUAUCAGCUGUGGUCUUUGACAAAUAUGAAGAGUUAAUAUGGAUGGGCAACCAAGGUGGUCAUGUUACAUCAUAUUAUGGCCCAGGGAUGCAAAAAUAUACAUCCUUCCAAAUACACGAGUCUGAAGAAGUCAGAGACAUUUUGACAGUUGAAAAGGGAAUAUAUGCUUUAACUAAAACAACCUUAAGACAUCAGAUACGUAGGGGGAUUCCUAAACACACUCACAGGUCCCAGAAUAUGAUUGACAUGCAAUGCCUUUUUCAAGUAAACCCAACAAAGUUAAUGAUGGGAGGUCAUCAAAAUAAUUUACUUGAGUUGGAUUUAAACAAAAUGUCGGAAACAGUAUUGCCUAUAAAAGAGGACGGCUGUGUCGUCCUGCGCAGCGGGGGUGGGGCGUUAGUCGCUUGUGGGAGCGCCAAUGGGAAGGUUGCCCUUCGCGAUAUAAGGACACCCAAUACGGCCGAGCACACGUUCAGGGCUCACACGGCUUGUCUGUCCGAUUUGGACAUGCAGGGCGACCUGCUCAUCACUUGCGGCUUCACGCAGUCGGUAGGUGGCGUGGCGGUCGCCGAGCCGUACGUGGCGGUGUGGGACGUGCGCUGCCUGCGCGGGGGCGUGGGCGGCGGGGGUGCGUGGUCGCUGCGCACCGCGGCGCCGCCCCUCCUGCUGCACUUCCUGCCCGCGUUCUCGGGCCGCGCGGCCGCGCUCUCGGGCGACGGCCACGUGGCGCUGCUGCACCUCAACACGCCCAGCGACGCGGGCCGGCAGUCCGUCUUCCAGGUUGACAUCCAAAGCUCGCAGUGCAGCGUCAUGGACGUGUCUGCGACCAGCCAGGCCCUGGUCUUCGGCGACCAGGCAGGCCACCUCCACCUGUUCUCGCCCCAACACAACCACGAGCCGGUGUUCAACAACUUUUCGAGAUCAACGGAGUUCGCGGAUCAGGUGGUGGGUAUGCCGUGCGUCAGUUUCAACGACACCGCGUUCCAGUUCUCAACGGUCUCGCUGCCGCCCUUGACGAGCGGAGCGAGAUGGUUCAACGAACUGCCGCCUGAGUUCUUCAAGAAGAUCUACAGGAAAGCGAAGUCUGUCGAUCCGGAGGUGCUUAAGUCUAUGAAGAUGCAGGGGCCAAUCGGCUACGCACCGAAUCCGAGGAAUGUCAAACGGAACCAGAUGCCCUACGUACCGGACACUUUGGACGAUUUGAACGCGGCUAAGCAAGCCGAUGCGAACUUUAACACACAACCGAUUCCAAGGCGUUAUCAAAAGAUGGACCUCCGCUACAACAAGCACGGGCCGAACGACCAACUGGAGAAUUACAACAGGACAAGUCUACCCGGAAUCGAAGCGACCAUUGCAAACUCCUACUGCAAUCCAAUGCUUCAGGUGCUGUAUUACAUACCGCCAUUAAAGGCAACGCUGUUGGCGCACACCUGCGCGAAAGAGUUCUGCCUUAGCUGUGAAUUAGGCUUCCUGUUCCGCAUGCUGGACACGUCCGGCGGCGCGGCCUGCCAGGCGAACAACUUCCUGCGCGCGUUCCGCACCGUCCCCGAAGCGGCCGCGCUCGGGCUGAUCCUGGGCGAGCGCGCGGACACCCGCCCGGACCCGCUGGCCCUCAUACAGAGUUGGAACCGCUUCAUACUGAACCAGAUCCACUACGAGAUACUGGAGACGCGCAAGAAAGAGAAGGAGCUAGUUUUGAUGGCGCAUAACUCGAGCCCGCCGAAAAUUGUGCGGGCCGGCCCGAGCAAGAUGCACCGGGUAGUAAACGGCCAGUACCGUGGCGAGUUCCAGUUCACCGAAAUGGAGUUCGUGGGGCCGUUGCCAGAUUUCGAUAAAGAGGACAGGUCGGCCGACGUCGGCUGGAAAGCUGUGAACGAUGAAGGACAUAACCCAUCGGAGCAGGGACAUGGCGGCGAUCAGGAGUUGUCCAGCAAUCGACACGCUGAGACUGAGGAGUCGGAGGUCUCUCAGCUGUUCGCGAUCGGUCGUCACCAGCUGAACCGUUGCCUUAAGUGCAACAAGGAGGAGGAGCGCGAGUCGGUGGUGCUCGCGUGCGCGCUGCAGUACCCGGGCGGGGCGCGCGAGGGGGGCGAGCCGCGCGGCGGCUUCGUGGAGCUGGUGCGCGCUUCGCUCGCGGCGAGGCGCAGCACGCCCGCCUGGUGCGAGGCGUGCGCGCGCUUCACGCCCACCGCGCAGCGGGGCCGGCUCGCGAGAUUGCCUCCAAUCCUGGCCAUCAACUGCGGCGGCGUGACAGCACACGAAAAGGCCUAUUGGUCGAAGGGUGUUCCGAAAGACGUGAGCGAUGCAGCCAAGAGGGGUGGCAGUGGGAAGCCGUGCCGUUAUGGAUUGCACUGCGCUCGGCCCGGCUGCCGUUUCAAGCAUCCAGAGAGAGCGGUCCCCUCUCAGUCGGGCUCUUCGAAGAGUCCGCCGCUGGAAUCGAACUGCGUGCUGCCUCACCACCUGCUCAUAAGAUUACAACCCGACGGCGAUGUUGUUAUUAACGACAAGGCCGAGGGCAGCCCCGAGUGCGGCCGGGUCGAACCCAGGCCCCGGCGCAAGGGGGCGGCGCAGUGCGAGGAGCGCUACUCGCUGACCGCCGCCGUCGUCUGCGUCGAGGACAGCCCCAAGAACCUGGUCGCGUACAUUCAGGUGCCCUCCGAGGGCGGCGCGCACUGGUACCUGUUCAACGACCUGAGCAUUGUACCAGUUAGCCCAGAUGAGGUGGUGCAGUUCAGCGCAUGGUGGAAAUCGCCAUGCGUCCUUUUCUACACGUCCAGUAGAGCUCGAUGCGGUCACAACGAGGUCGGACAGACCUCA